AUUAACCGACGGAUAUUAAAUAAAUAUUGCCGGAUAAGGAUGAGGUUUCCAAAUAAUGCCUGAAACAAAUAACGGUUUCUUUUUAGGAAGUUCAAGAAUUCCAAGAAUUUAUGAUGAACAGCCCAAAUCGAUAUGGUGGGUGGGCUGAAUACCACCAUAACAUAUUUGUUAAUUAUUGGCAGAAGUACUUCAAUUUAGAAAACAUCAAUGACGAACAAAGUGAAAGCUGCAUCGAAUCGUCGCCAUUUUACCAUUUGUUCUUGCGUGACCUUCAAUCCAAAUUACAAGAUAUAAGUGAAAAAGAAAUAACAUCUCACGUCAGGUGGUAUACGAAACUUGUUUACUUGAAGGAGCGUCAGCAAAAAGCUAUUGAUAAAUGGAGAUCUAAUCGAAGAGCUAUGAAAUCCAAGGUGAAGCCAGAUGAGAAAAAUAAUUUUAGUUUAAAAUUUAAUAGCAGUGACAGAAAAGACCGUUGCACUGCAAGCGAAAAAGAUAGCCUAGAUGAACGGACUAAAAAAGAGCUGAGUCUUCAAGCUCCGACUCAGAAUGAAGUAUGCUGCUUCGUAAGACAAUGUUUCAGUGACGAAUUAAAGAAGAUAGAUAAACUGCAAGAAAAUGUAUCCAAUGAGCAGAGUACGGUUGGUAAUGGAAAACCAGUGAUGAAGCGUUUCCAAAAAUCGACAAAGCAGUGGAACAUCAGACUGAACACGAAGACUAUUAAGACUGAUGUAAAUUGCAACAAUGUUGAGAGCAUAAAAAAGCUGCACACACCUACAUGGAGAGUUGGUUUAUAAAAUAAACGUGAAAUACAUUA